AUGGGCGGGGCUUCGGGCUAUGUGGGCGGGGUAAUGGGCGCGUUCGGUGUAUGUGGGCGUGGUGAUAAAAGUGGGCGCGGCCUCGUGGACACCCCAGUCCUGACCUGCUCUUCCUUCUCUUCCCAGUUCGUGGAAAGCGAUGACGACGAGGAGCUGCUGUUUAACAUCCCGUUCACAGGCAGCGUGAAGUUAAAAGGAGUCCUUGUGAUGGGCGAGGACGAUGGGACGCACCCGGCGGAGAUGAGGCUGUUCAGGAACAUUCCUCACAUGUCCUUUGAUGACACAGCCAGGGAAGCAGAGCAGACCUUCAGCCUGAACCGGGACCCCCUGGGCGAGCUGGAGUAUCCCACCAAAAUUGCCCGUUUCUCCAACGUUUACCACCUCUCCAUGCACUUCCCAAAGAACUUCGGGGCGGAGACAACGAAGAUCUUUUACAUCGGCCUGAAGGGGGAGUGGACAGAAGCUCAUCGCCACGAGGUCACCAUCUGCAACUACGAGGCCUCCGCGAACCCCGCCGACCACAAGCUGGAGCAGAUCACGCCUCAGACACACUUCAUCUCCUGAGGGCUGGGACGGGGCGGCUCCCGGGACACGACAUCCAGCCCCACGUGUCGGGACAGGCGCGGCCGGGCCGCGUGUGUGAGGCGCUGCCCGCGGGCCGGGCUGUGGCGGGCAAUAAACA